CGCUCCAGGAGCAGAUCUCACAGCGGCGGUGGAAAGGCAGGGUGCAUCCUGUAGGGAGGAGGACGUAUGUCGAUUCGCCGAGGUGCCUGCCUGGGAAAUUGAAUGAAACGCUGCAAGGGACGGCUUUUAGAUAUUUUUUGGGCCUGCCAAUUUGGGCUCCGUUUAGUGUCGAUUACAUCGGUUUUUCAUUCACUGUGAAAUAGAGCCUUUUAUUUAUCCCACAAGAUGGGCAAUCGGGGAAUGGAGGACUUGAUUCCUCUGGUAAACCGACUGCAGGACGCGUUCUCUGCCAUCGGACAAAAUGCCAACCUGGACCUUCCUCAGAUCGCAGUGGUCGGCGGUCAGAGUGCUGGGAAGAGCUCGGUAUUGGAGAACUUCGUUGGGAAGGAUUUUCUGCCUCGUGGCUCUGGUAUUGUCACUCGGCGCCCCCUAGUGCUGCAGCUCAUCAACUGCCCUACUGAAUAUGCAGAGUUUUUGCAAUGCAAAGGGAAGAAGUUUACCGAUUUUGAUGAGGUUCGUCAGGAGAUUGAGGCAGAAACAGAUCGCCUGACUGGCCAAAACAAAGGCAUUUCACCAGUCCCUAUCAAUUUGCGUGUCUAUUCGCCUCAUGUUUUGAAUCUCACCCUUGUGGACUUGCCUGGUAUGACCAAAGUGCCGGUAGGUGACCAGCCACCUGACAUUGAGUUUCAGAUCAGGGAUAUGCUAAUGCAGUUUGUGACUAAGGACAACUGUUUGUUGCUGGCUGUGUCUCCGGCCAACUCUGACCUGGCCAACUCAGAUGCCCUCAAGAUUGCUAAGGAGGUGGACCCUCAGGGCAUGAGAACUAUAGGUGUUAUCACUAAAUUAGAUCUAAUGGAUGAAGGAACGGAUGCACGUGACAUCCUGGAGAACAAGCUUCUUCCUUUACGCAGAGGCUACAUUGGGGUUGUGAACCGCAGUCAGAAGGACAUUGAUGGCAAGAAGGACAUCAAUGCUGCAAUAGCAGCGGAGAGGAAGUUCUUCCUCACCCACCCAGCCUACAGACACCUGGCUGAUCGCAUGGGGACUCCCUACCUGCAGAAAGUUCUUAACCAGCAAUUAACUAACCACAUCCGAGACACUCUGCCAGGACUGAGGAAUAAACUUCAGAGCCAGCUGCUGUCUAUUGAGAAAGAGGUGGAGGAGUACAAGCAUUUCUGUCCCGAUGAUCCUUCUCGCAAAACCAAGGCUCUGCUACAGAUGGUGCAGCAGUUCGCAGUGGAUUUUGAGAAGUGCAUUGAGGGUUCAGGAGAUCAGGUGGACACAGUGGAGCUGUCCGGAGGUGCAAGGAUCAAUCGCAUCUUCCAUGAGCGCUUCCCCUUUGAGCUGGUUAAGAUGGAGUUUGAUGAGAAAGAGCUGCGUAAGGAGAUCAGUUACGCCAUCAAGAACAUCCACGGAAUCAGGACCGGUCUGUUUACUCCAGACAUGGCCUUUGAGACUAUUGUUAAACGGCAGAUUGCAAAGAUCAAGGAGCCGUGUCAGAAAUGUGUGGACCUUGUCAUCACUGAGCUGGUCAAUACAGUCAGGCAGUGCACCAAGAAGUUGGCUCAGUACCCCAUGCUUAGAGAGGAAAUGGAGAGGAUUGUCACCCAGCACAUCCGCGAUCGAGAGAGUCGCACUAAGAAUCAGGUCAUGUUGCUAAUUGACAUCGAGCUAGCCUACAUGAACACCAAUCAUGAGGAUUUCAUCGGUUUUGCAAACGCCCAGCAGAGAAGCAGUCAGAUGAAUAAGAAGAAGGCUGCUGGCAACCAGGAUGAGAUAAUGGUGAUCCGAAAGGGUUGGCUGACCAUCAAUAACAUUGGCAUCAUGAAAGGAGGAGCGAAGGAAUAUUGGUUUGUCCUGACCGCUGAGAAUCUGUCCUGGUACAAAGAUGAUGAGGAGAAAGAGAAGAAGUACAUGCUUCCAUUGGACAACCUGAAGCUCAGAGAUAUAGAGAAGAGUUUCAUGUCAAGCAAGCACGUGUUCGCUCUCUUUAACACUGAACAGAGGUUAGAGAAAAUAUUUUACUCACUGCAGAGCUCUCUGAAAUAAAGAAAUACAUUAAUAUCCACAAUGCAUAAUUCAUUUUAAUAUAAACUGCAAUUUCUUGAAUUGUCUUAUGCGCACAAAAGCUGCAUUCAUUUGAUCAAAAACAAAGUAAAAACAGUAAAACUAUGAAAUAUUUGUACAAUUUAAAAUCGUAAUUUAUAACCGUUUGAAUGUAUUUUACAAUGUAAUAUAUUCUU